UGGGUUUAUACUAGCGCGUAAAAACGAUAUUGGAUAUUGGAUACUAAGCGCGAGUUUAGUAAGUGCGCUACUUGUGCAAUGAUGAUUCGCUCUGUCUCAUUCGUCACCAAUAAUCUACUGAGAGCACACUCAAAACUCAUUACAAGUCUGUACGCGAAACAGUGUGCCAAACACUCUACUAAUCCAGAAUAUGCAAAUAAAACUGAGCCAUAUGAAGUUUUUAAGUCCCGUUUCGUGAACGCAUUCGAUGAUCCGAAGAUUGACGGUUGGUGGGCUCGAACAUGGAUGCAAAGACUUCACCUUGAAGAUGCUGUGCCACCCCCAGAAGUUGUGAUAAGUGGUCUCAAAGCAUGUAGACGCCUAAAUGACAUCGCACUUGCUAUUAGGUUCAUGGAAGCCGUUAAGUUCAAAUGUCAAGUUUGUAAAGGCGCAUGGGAAUGGCUUCAGAAAGAAGUGGAACCCACCAUGAAAGAACUGGGUCUACCAACUCUAGAACAACUUGGUUAUGACAAACCCGAAUUGGCAUUAUUGGACCAUGAUGAGUAGUAGAAGCACUCUGUAAUUUAGCCAAAUACACAUAGAACUAUUCUGCCUACUAAAGUUCAUGCUUAUUCAUACUAUAGAAAGUUGGUGUGCAGUGCAGCUUAUAAUGGGGUCCUCUAAAGCUACGUAUUACUCAAACAGUCCGUCGACUUCAUUAAUACUACCACAUAUUAGUAUAGUUAGGAUAGUUGUAAUUGUUCAAUCUCACGCCUGACAAUGAGUAAAUAUAUUUGAAAUCGUGGUAUUGUUCUUUCAUCCGAUGUUCGCAAUUGGUUUUCGCUACACAUGUCGACUAGUUUAAAGACGACUAUUUAGUGCCACUUCGUUAUAACGCUUUCAGCGACACAAUAACUUUAACUGUGGUUGACUUUGCAAUGUGGGUUAGACUUCCAUCUGUAGGGAUGCAAACUUCGUUCAUUUCAUGCUUAUAGCUUCAUUUAUGUACUAUGAAGAACAUUGUAAUCAUAUGGAGGGAUUACUUGUGAUAUGCAUGCUUUUUAUCCGUAAAUAGUCGUUAAGAU